AUGCCUGCGGUCAAGCGUUUGUUUGUGACUGGUGUGAUGGCGGCAGGAGACAUGAGGGUGGUUGCAGCCGUUGGGGAUGAGGAUGGGAACAACGUUGGGCAUGACAUGAGUGGGUACAACGUUGGGCAUGACAUGAGUGGGUACAACGUUGGGCAUGACAUGAGUGGGUACAACGUUGGGCAUGACAUGAGUGGGUACUGCGGAGCAGAGGUGUCAUGUCACCCAGGGCGACUCACCGUGGGGCCGGCAGUGUGUGGGGCUGGUGGUGUGUGGGGCUGGUGGUGUGUGGGGCUGGUGGUGUGUGGGGCUGGUGGUGUGCGGGUGGUGGGGUGCGAGUGCGAGCACAAGGGACGCGUCUUUCUGAACAUAGCUGGGGUCUGGGUCUGGGCGCCUCAAGGAGAGGUGGGACGCCUCAAGGAGAGGUGGGACGCCUCAAGGAGAGGUGGGACGCCUCAAGGAGAGGUGGGACGCCUCAAGGAGAGGUGGGACGCCUCAAGGAGAGGUGGGACGCCUCAAGGAGAGGUGGGACGCCUCAAGGAGAGGUGGGACGCCUCAAGGAGAGGUGGGACGCCUCAAGGAGAGGUGGGACGCCUCAAGGAGAGGUGGGACGCCUCAAGGAGAGGUGGGACGCCUCAAGGAGAGGUGGGACGCCUCAAGGAGAGGUGGGACGCCUCAAGGAGAGGUGGGACGCCUCAAGGAGAGGUGGGACGCCUCAAGGAGAGGUGGGACGCCUCAAGGAGAGGUGGGACGCCUCAAGGAGAGGUGGGACGCCUCAAGGAGAGGUGGGACGCCUCAAGGAGAGGUGGGACGCCUCAAGGAGAGGUGGGACGCCUCAAGGAGAGGUGGGACGCCUCAAGGAGAGGUGGGACGCCUCAAGGAGAGGUGGGACGCCUCAAGGAGAGGUGGGACGCCUCAAGGAGAGGUGGGACGCCUCAAGGAGAGGUGGGACGCCUCAAGGAGAGGUGGGACGCCUCAAGGAGAGGUGGGACGCCUCAAGGAGAGGUGGGACGCCUCAAGGAGAGGUGGGACGCCUCAAGGAGAGGUGGGACGCCUCAAGGAGAGGUGGGACGCCUCAAGGAGAGGUGGGACGCCUCAAGGAGAGGUGGGACGCCUCAAGGAGAGGUGGGACGCCUCAAGGAGAGGUGGGACGCCUCAAGGAGAGGUGGGACGCCUCAAGGAGAGGUGGGACGCCUCAAGGAGAGGUGGGACGCCUCAAGGAGAGGUGGGACGCCUCAAGGAGAGGUGGGACGCCUCAAGGAGAGGUGGGACGCCUCAAGGAGAGGUGGGACGCCUCAAGGAGAGGUGGGACGCCUCAAGGAGAGGUGGGACGCCUCAAGGAGAGGUGGGACGCCUCAAGGAGAGGUGGGACGCACGGCCUCCGCGCAUUCGAUGGCAUAA